AUGAACGGAGCCAUAGAAGCAGCCAACAAAAAUAUCAAAAGGAUAUUGAGGAAAAUGAUUGAUAAUCAUAAAGAUUGGCACGAGCAGUUGCCUUAUUAUUUACUGGGAUACUGUACUACGACCAGAACUUCAACAGGAGCAACCCCCUACUUGCUAGUCUAUGGAACUGAAGCAGUCAUACCUGCUGAAGUUGAGAUACCUUCUCUGAGAAUCAUUCAAGAAGCAGAAUUAGACAAUGUUGAAUGGGUCCGAGCUCGAUAUGAGCAAUUGGCUUUAAUUGAUGAGAAAAGGAUGGUUGUUGAAAGAGAUUCGCCAAAGAAGAUUGAAACCACUGCCGGGAUCAGGCUUUCAAAAAAUAUAUCCAGCCACAAGGGCGGUAACGUUAUGAAUACUGCCAAGGGAAAAUAUCUAUCCAUGAGGGCUAUAAAGACCAGAACACCAUAA